UUUAAAUUUUCAAAUGACUAUUACUUGAAAACAGCAAGUGAUAGACACACACGGUCUUCAGUAAUGAGAACAGGACAAUAAAACAAAUCAAAUAGAAUAUAGGGUGAGUCCCUUGGUGUCAUCCCACCCCCCUUUCAAUUUGAAAAUGUGCUUUUAUCUUGUAAACGGUCGUGAUCCCCAUCCCUAAACCAUAUAUAUACUUGUAUGAGACAAUAAAACAAAUCAAAUGAAAAUAAUUUGGGGGAGUCCCCAGUGCCACCUCACCCCUUCUGUUUGAGAACUUGUAAACGAUCGAGUUCCCCACCCCUAAACCAUAUAUAUUCAUGUAUCAGAGACAAUAUAACAAAUCAAAUGAAAUAUAAGGGGAGUCCCUGGGGUCACCCCAUCCCCUCCUGUUUAAGAACUUGGAAACGGUCGAGAUCCCCACCCCUAAACCAUAUAUAUUCAUGUAUGGGACAAUAUAAUAAAUUAAAUGAAAUAUAGGGGAGUCUCUGGGGUCACCCCACCCCCUCCUGUUAGAGAACUUGUAAACAGUCAAGAUCCCCACCCCUAAACCAUACAUAUUCAUGUAUGGGACAAUAUAACAAAUCAAAUGAAAUAUAUGGGGAGUCCCUAGGGUCACCCCCACCCCCUCCUGAUUGAAAACUUGGAGCGUACAUUUCAAAUAUCAAAUUGACGUCCCCAAAAAAUGAGUUGGGUGGGGUCAUUGAGUGCAAAAAAUAAAAUUUUCUUUUAAGGUAAGGUUGUUGUAUAUCAAAUGAAAGGUCGUAAUGUGUAAAUAAACACAAAUGUACAAUAUACGAAUGUUUAAUGUUUGUUCUUUCAAAUCUUAAAAAAGAAUUUGAAGAAACAGUGCCACUGUGAGUUUUCAUAAUUACGUUUGCCUUGGUUUUUGGUUAACUGCCGAAGCGCUUACAGUGCUUUGAUUUAAUAAAAGUAACACUUUUGCAUAUAUUAAAGUCCAUUAAUUGAGGUUCACAAUGAUAUUUUCCCCUUUCCAAGGGAGUGGGGUUGGUGACAAGCAUUAUACACCCUCUGGGGGCCACUUCCUUUAUACAAGGUAAUAGGACAUUCCGCUCGAAUAGGUCAUCUUUUCAAGCUUGAAAAUAUGUGAAUAGGUCGAUGAGACUAUCAGAAAUAUAUGAUGAGGUCAAUAAAGUUCCCAUAACUUCUUCAUCUGUCAUCUUUCUUGGUGUUCCUGGCUGUGUUUUUAUCAACCAAUUUUCUCUCUUUUGAUAAUAUGGUACAUGUAUUCCAUUUUUACAUUACACACAACAAGAAAACCCAAACAAUAUGGGAAAAGGUAACUUUUUUACCUAAGGAAUAUAUGAAAAGGUAUACAUUUUUAAAAUCUGAAUUAUAUUAAAAUGGUGGUGUAACAGAAUCCCAGCGGCACCCCCUAUCAUUUAAGUAUUGAAGUCCCCCCCAACCUGAUUAUACACCCAAUCUAAAUAUUUGCCUCUGUCUAGAAGAUGAAAUAAUAGCAUGAUAUGUUGAACUGAAAUUUCUUGUAUUCUAAUCAGAUCAUAUAUCAUUUUGAAUGAGGUCAGUUGUAUAUAUUAGUUAAUUAUUAUUUUUUCUUUAGAUUUGCUAAUUUUAGAACGCAGCAUGACAGUAGACCAGGUCAGACUGCAGCAGCAGGUGCAUACAGAAGGAGGACUAACCCAGUCUACUCAUUCAAAAUUGCAUGUUUGGACGGCCCUGAAUUCACCAAUGUCAGUCCCAUGAUGAUUAGACGCUUGAAUAAGUGUGGUUUAGGAUCCAGGAAGAUAGUAAUAUCCCGGAGUGACUCUGUAAUAAACUUUAAGAAGAGAGUCAUAGAACUCUUUCCAAAAUUGGAAAGGGUUGAUUUUGAGUUCUUCCAGGCAAAGUUGAGGGAGAAACACAGACUUGAACAAGUGGUGUUUAAUUCCUUAAAGGAUCUUAAGGCCAAAGUGAAAUUCACCCUCUAUAUUAAACCUGCACAACAGCUAAUCAAUAUUACUGAAGGUGAAUCAGAUGAAGAAGAGCUUCCACCAUUGUUCCCUCCCAGAAGAGAAAGACAAUCUGAUGAUGCUAAUUUGACAGUACAAGCGUCAACAUCUGACACACCAGAUUCGCCAAGAAGUCGCCAGAGAAAUAGUACACUGUCUCAACCAGGUACCAGUGGAGCAAGUACAACCGUUACAUCUGAGAGGUCAAAUUCCUCAUCCACUCAAAUAACCAGUACAUUGUCCUCACCUGGUAGAAAUAGAGCAACUGUAGCCCUGGAAGGCUCCAACACACCAUCAUCAAGAAGAGGCAGAGUCAUAGCAUCUCCUGUUGCAAGAAGAUCUAAUGCCACACCACGCAGAACUGGUUUAUCAUCUAACUCUGGUAGGCAAAGAAGAAGAACUGCUAUAGCUGCUGAUGAUUUUAUUCAUGCAGUGGUAGCUCCUGAAGCUUCCAUUUCACCAUCAACAAGAAGAAACAGAGCCCUAUCAUCUCCCAGGGUGGUUGCAAGUAGAUCAAAUGUAAGUGAAACUACAACUCAAGCCUAUCAUACUGCUGGUACUCCAACAGUCCUAUUCCGAUCAACUGCAGUUCCAACAUCCACAGAACAAACGGCAACUGAACAAUAUGAACAACUGUCUACACCAGUCAACCCUCUGUCAUUAAUGGAUGUUACAAGGGAUUUGGCUGUAGAUGUAAACAAUAUCAAUGCAAUUUUUGAAGACAUCCCAGAGGUUGGACUAUUUGGAGACAUUGGGCAAAAUGAGUGUACAGAAAAUUUCAGAAAAAAAAUUAAAGAACAUAAGGAAUUGUUUAUCCACAAUGACUCCGAUGACCCAUUACUGAUGGAGGUGAGAAGGGAAAAUCCUGUGCAGGAUUCCUUGGCCUUCAUCAGUAUCAGCCAAGAUGAUCUUCACAGCCCACUAAGGAUAUCUUUCACUGAUGAGGACGGUGUUGAUCUUGGGGGAUUGAGACGGGAAUUUUGGAGUCUCUUUCUCCACAAGAUAAGUAGUUCUGUAUUUGUUACAGGAAAACCAGGACGCCAAACCUUGCGUGACAACUUUAUUGCAAGGACCCAGAAUAUUUUUUUCCAUCUGGGACAGCUGGUCGCCUUAUCCAUCAUUCAAGAUGGGCCAGGUCUUCCCAUCUUUAGUGAUAUAGUUACAGACUAUAUCUUGCUUGGGAAACCCUGUAUUUUAAAUGUAGAUGAUUUGCCAGAGGGUUUAAAGAAUACCAUUGUCAUGAUGCAAGAUUGCACUUCAGAACCGGACCUACAGAAUAUGUACUCUGGUAUAUUUGAUGAAGCUGUCGAUGCCGGAUUUAUAAUUCCACCUUCAUCAUUUAAAAAAAAACAUGUAAACAUCCUUCUGGCUGCGUUAUUGGAGACCCAACUUAACAAGUGCAAGAAAGAACUUGAUCAGUUUAUCAAAGGAUUAGACACUCACCAAGUUUUGAGCCUGUUAAAACAGGAUGUCAACAUUGCCUGUGCUAGGACACUGUUCAGUGGAAGAGUCAAACCUUUAACAGUCCAAACAUUAAGAAACCUGUUGAAGUUCAAGUACGAUACAGGGAAUGCUGCCUUAGACCAAAGGGCAACCGGUCAAGGAUUUUUAACAUUUCUUCAGGCCACUAAAGGAACAUCAACUGUUAUAAAUGGAAUUGAUAUUGGUCCAAAGGAAGUCUUGAUGUGGUUGACAGGGUCAACAGCAAUUCCAGCAAUAGGCUUUCACAAGCCAAUAGAUGUAUGUUUUGGAAGCAGGACAUUUGUAAACACCUGCGCCUUGGCAUUGACCUUGGAGGUUAGACCUGAACUUGCCCCAGCUGAAGCUGUCAAGUUUUACAGCGAGAUCAUAAUCAACAGCCAGACAUUUACCCAAGAAUGAUAUAUAUUAUUAUUUUGGCCAUCAGUCUCUGUCCUUGAAAACUUAUAAAUUGUAUUGUGUGAAAGCUAAUUUUAAUUAUUUAAGGAAUGAUUGUAGCGGGUUAUUUUAAAGUGUGCACCAC